AUGGAAGAAGCAAACCACUCUAUGGUGUCUGAAUUUAUUUUUCAGGGACUUUGUAACUCAAAGGAACUACAGAUCUUCCUCCUGUUGCCAUUUUCUACCCUCUACCUGAUGACUGUGGUAGGCAACCUCUUUGUGGUGAUAUUAAUCAUCACUGAUCAUCAUCUCCAUUCUCCCAUGUACUUUCUGUUAGCCAAUCUCUCCUUUACUGACUUCUGCCUAUCCUCAGUUACUACCCCCAAACUGAUCACAGACCUUACAAAAGAAAAUAAAACUAUUUCCUUCGAGGGCUGCAUGAGCCAGAUUCUCUUUGUGCAUUUCUUUGUUGGGGGUGAGAUGGUUCUUCUUGUAACAAUGGCCUAUGACCGCUAUGUGGCCAUCUGUAGGCCACUCCACUACACCAGCAUCAUGGACAGACAGAAGUGCAUCUGGCUCAUUUUGAUAUCAUGGAUCAUUGGAUUUGUGCAUGGUGUUAGUCAACUGAUUCUGAUUUUGGAGCUACCUUUUUGUGGACCUAGAGUGAUAGACAACUUUUUCUGUGUUAUUCCUUUAGUGAUGAAAUUAGCCUGCAUGAAUACUGAUACUCUGGAUAUCGUGAUGAAUGCUGAGAGUUGUGUUAUAGCAACAGCUUGUUUCAUUCUCUUGCUGAUAUCUUAUACUUACCUUCUAUUAACUGUUCGGCUUCACUCUAAAGAUGGCUCAUCAAAAGGCUCAUCAAAGGCACUCUCUACCUGCACCUCCCAUAUCAUAGUAGUUGUGCUGUUUUUUGGUCCUGUCAUUUUCAUCUAUCUGUGGCCAGUCAACAUCACAUGGGUGGAUAAAUUUCUUGCUGUAUUUUACUCAGUCAUCACACCUCUCCUGAAUCCAGCCAUAUAUACACUGAGAAAUAGAGAUAUUAAGAAUGCCAUAAAGAAGCUGAUAAGUCACAUGUGA